UUUGUCCCUAACUUACCACUCCUCUCUGUCUGUCAAUUUCCCGUCCUUUUUCCUCCUAAGCGGCAGCGGCAGACUCCGCCGAAAUUUGUGGCGAAAUCAAGGAACAGGAGAAAUCGACGACAAUUUCAAUGAUUUUUUUUCUUCUCUUUUUUUUUGCUUGUGCUAUUCUUCUCUGGUCCGUGAUCUCUUUCUUACCUUUCUCUAUUCUAUCAACCCCACCGGUGAAUCUGUUGUGGCGUGGAAGCGUUAUCCAAAGAUAUAUACAAUGUAGAUAUGAGGUUCAAAAUAAACUUAGGGUACGUAGUCUAGUCGAGGAUUAAUGUUUAUAGGGGUUUUAGAGCUUGGAUAGUCUACCCGCG